CCACCGAACCUCGUUCCCCUCCCAGCUCCAUCGCCACAGACUGGAACCCACUCCACUCGCACUCAAGCGCACACCACACCCCAUGGCUCUCAACGGCGGCGGCGCCGCCACUGCAGCGUGCAUCCUCGUCCUCCUAGCACUCGCCGGCGCCGCUGGGGCAACCUUCUCGGCGCCGCCGCCGGUGGACUGCUCGGCAUUGUUGGCUGGCCUCGCAGACUGCCUCGACUUUGUGUCGCCCAGCAGCAAGUCGAGUCAGCCUUCCAAGGCCUGCUGCGGGGAGGUGAAGACCUCCGUCGGCAGCCCCGCCGUCGUGGACUGCGUCUGCGCCGCCAUGUUCUCGAAGCUGACGCAGUUACCGAUCAACAGGACACGGGUGUACGCUCUCCCCGACGCCUGCGGCACACCCGCCUCCGUAUUGAACAGGUGCCAUGCUGCGGCUCCUGCUGAAGCACCGGCGCCUUCAGCAUCCAGUGGCGGCGCGACCGCUUCACCACCGAAGGCGAAUGCGGCGGCGAGGUCUCCCGGCGGCCCCGCAACCAUUAUCCUCGCAACCGUGGCGACUUCGCUGCUCGCCUUCUAUUACGUCUGAGGGUCGACAUUUCUGCCUCACGUGUUAUGUUGCACAGACCUUGUGACUCUGUGUUGUGCGGUGUUGUAAUCUGAGUUUACUUUGUUCAUCGGGAUGGGCUCUGAGUUACAGUUAUUAUCAUGUACCGUGGACUGAAUAUUGAGUAGUAAAUUGCCAUGUACCGUGCACUGAUUAUUGAGAAGCUAUGACACUGUUGACUUUGAAAUGCGCA